UGUUGUUCAGUUUAUUUUGAAUGUUUGUGAAUCGUUUCUGUGAUUUAUUUAAGUUUCACUUUAAGUUUACGUUUUUAAGGAUUUAUAUUUAAUUAUAUUUGGAAAUAUGUCAAACAGAGAAGAUGUGCUUAUUGCACCCUGGGAAGGUCCAUCGAGCUACAAUAACAGUUUAACUAUUGUGGUUGUAUCCGACAACGGCACAUUAGUACAGAAGUUAAGUGAAGCAAUUGUUGAUGUUCAUGAACAAGGGUUUUAUCAAUGGAAGUUAGCUAUUUUACGUUGUUUUUCCUUAGAGGACAUAGUGAAACAAUCGAAUUACACAGGAAGGGUAGGUUUUGAUUUCAUUGUGAUUUGCUUAGACACCAGUAAACUGUUUUGUAUUAAGUGGGCAACUACGUUCUUAGAUCAAGUGCAUCCUGAUUUGAGAUUUCGGAGAGUAAUCCUAGUGAAUGCAACUGGACUUGCAGUAUCAAGAAUGGCUGUAGAUGCUUAUGAUAUUAUGUCAUUUUGUACACACAACAGAAUAGAUAUGAUGAAUGCAGAUGUAAUGAAACCAGAUGAAGCACAAUAUAUUGCACAAAGAAUUAUCAACUAUAUGGAAGUUUCAGUUGGAGUUAAGACUGGAAUCCCCAACAUUAAUAUAUGAUUGAAAUUUAUAUUAUUGUGUAUAAAGUGUGAAUACUGGCACCUAUGUUAUGUAAUAAUGAUUAAAACUGGAUUUGUGGUUAAGGAAAAAUGAGUUAUUAAUGAGUAAGCAUUAUGUAAAAAAUGAUAUAUCAAAUAUUUAUUAAUUUUGGCAUCAGCACAAUAAUUCAUGAUGAACUAAGUGAACAUAGAACAUAUUUUAUUAUUUAUAGUAUUCUUAAUGAAUUCUCAUCUUAACUGUCUAAGUAUGUAUAUAGAGUUCUGUUCUAAGUGAAAAUGUAUGAAUAAACAUCUGUAAAUGAAACUAGUUAAUACAUCUAUCGCCAGUGAACUAACAUGGGCUAAUUACCUAAUAAAUAAUUAUAUAUUACAGCAAAUACAUAAUAUUUCAUAUUGAAAUGUCAUAAUAAUAUUUUAAUAUUAGGAUGAGGCAAUAUUUCUUAACUUUUUUUUAUAAAAAGUUAUUAUAUAUAGUAUUUUAAUAUGUGCUAUUUUGUUCAAUCACUUCUUUCCCAUCUUGUAGGUGUGACAUGAUCCCAUUGCUGUAAAAAAUUUUAAACUUCUGAUAAAAAAAACAUGACAAGAAGGUUUGGCAGUCCAGUCAAGGUGCAAUACCUUUAUGGCAGAUGAGGUGGGGAUCAACACCUAGCCAAACUUAAAGAAAAAAAUAUUAUUCUGAAUAAAAAAAAUUCUGAAGGCUACGGAUGUGUUUGGUCUAGGUUUAUUGUGAUAGUGUGGCUUUCUACUGAUUAUGUCCGACCACUUCAUCUCAACUCCUUGCUUUAAUAUUAUCACUCAUUCACAGUAGCGAUUUGCUUUGAUGCUUCUACCCCGUGAUAUGAUGGUAUAAACUCACAAUGAACAAUGGCCUUCCAUUCACACACACAGCAUCACCCCAUUGCCAGUUUUGCUGCAGUAUGUGAAGUGUGAUUGACCUUUUUCCACAAUCUUUAGUUUUUGUUAUUGUUUGUGAACUGCUUUUCAUCACCAGUUUAACUAUCUCUUCAAAAACAGUUUGGCUUCAUUAAAUUUCAAUAAAGAAUUGCAAACUCCCUAUAUUAUACUUCCCUAUAUUUUUUCAAAUGAGUCAAAACUGCUUUGUGGUCAAUUCCCAGUUCUUCAGCUAUAUUACAUUGCUGAAGACUACUACUGAUAUCACAUUCUUGUUAAACAUUUUAAUGGUGUCCAUUUUAUCGGAAACAUAACAGAGGUGCAACUUUGACACCAAAAUUUCUUAAUGGAAAAUGUUGUGCUAUUCUUACUGACACUGCAUUAGGUCAAUGAAUAUCACUUAUUUUAUAGUUAUUAUAUAAAAGUUUAAUAUUGGUAUUUCCUUACUUGUAAUUCAAUUUGAAAUUGUAUCAAAUUUCAAUGUUAGAUUUAAUCAUUUUAAAAGAAAGAAAAACAAAUGAAAAAGAGCUGGAAACUUUAUUUUUCAAUGGCACUGGACAGGAAACAAACAUUUUACUAAUUUGUUUCUCUAAAGAACUGUAUGCAAAAAGUUUUCUUCUCCCAACCUAUUAUUUUUAAAAACUGUUGCUGUGCCCUUGUAUUGUGUCACAUAUUACUUACCAAACUUUGUACCACAUUUUAUAUAUUUUUGUGUAGUGCAAUAAAUAUAUUGAGUCUGAUAACAGUCAUUCAAUAACUAUAAUAUCAACUAGUACUAGCCUUAUGUAGAAAUGAAAGUUGACAAAAGGAAUUUAUGAAGAAAGUGUGGUAUUCAAAAUAUUUGUUAAAUAUUUGAACACUUUUAAUCUUAGAUAAUUUAUGUCUAUAUAGUCUCUUGCUGUUAGACAAGUGAUAAAUAAGGCCAGGUUGAAUACUUUAGUGUGUGUGACAAGCAAUAUCUUUCACUCGCGAGUAUUAAUGUGCGCUGCUCAAAAUCUCUCUAAACUCAAUUGUUUCACCUUAGAUCAUUUAUAUGUCUUGAUAGACAGACAGCUUGAAAACAUCGAAAAAAAUUGAGUUGCAGCUAACCUUUGAGCAAUUCAUACACACUAACACAAAGUGCCAUACAAAAGUGUAAGACAUAGCUUGUCACACACACUAAACUAAUAUUCUUGGCCUAUUUUAUUGAUUGUCUAACAGCAAGAGACUCUAGACAUAUAAUUAAUUAUCUAAGUUUUUCACACUUCACAGCUGUCAUAGUCUAUCUAGAGUCUAGACAUAUUUAAAUGAUCUAUGACCUAAAAUGAAGACUUGGCUGUAUGGGCUUUUGACCCCUUUGCCUGUCCAGAUGGACGAACAGAAGAAAAGAAAGUAUUACAAUACUUUUAAUAAGAGGUAAAUAAUUAUUGUGAUCAUUGAAAAUGCCAAUAUCUGGUAUUUCUACUGAAGAGUAUUUCCUAAACUAGUGUAUAAUAAAGUAUAGAUGUUUUUUUAUGAAAAUAAGGGACGAGACGCGCAGGACGUUCAGCUGAUCGUAAUUGAUACGCCCUGCCCCUUACAAUGCAGUGCCGCUCAGGAUACUUGAAAAACACCAAAAAUUCUGGCGGCACUACAACUGCGCUCGUCACCUUGAGAAAAGAUGUUAAGUGUCAUUUGCCCAGUAAUUUCACUAGCUACGAGGCAAGUAUAAUAAAUAUGUACUAUUUCUCACAUCAUAUUUUGUGUCUGGAUUAAUAUUGUGAAUUACACUCAAUUGUAUAUAUAGUUGUGCAUCAAUUCAAUCAAUAAUUAUGAAAUUAAAAUUUACUUGUUUCAUCAAGAAUAUGACUAUAAAUAUUUCUUUAUCUUCUAAUUAGUGAACAAUGAUGACAUAUUUUAUUUUAUAUUGACAAUCGUUUUAUACCGAUAAUGGGUAUUUGUAGCAGGCAAAAAAGGAUUGUCUUUAUUUUAAAAUUGUUUCUUUUUUAAAAGCAUUUUAGAAAGUUUAGACUAUAAUUGCCCAUAUAGCCCCAUAGUUAGUGGCCCUACCGAUUGAACUAGAGAUCCCAGGUUCAAAUCCCAGUGAUAUAUACACAUAUGAUAAAUAUGUAUGGUUAAGCAUCUAUAUCAUAUUAAAUAUAUCAUUGUCUUACAGCCAUCGUACAGAGUUUGCCUCUUGCCAUGCCUAUUUUGGAGUGAGAUAAUUUUACACAUAAAAGUGUGUUAAUAUCAUUAUAAUAUAUUUAAACAUAAUAUUAUCAAUCUCAAAAUGUUAUGUUAGGUUCAGUUAAACUAUAUUAACUUUAUGCAAGGUUGAUAAUUAUCACAAAUUGGCAUAAAUUAUAAAAAAACAUUAAUAUUAACUUAUUAAGCAUUCUUAGAGGGUAUGUUUAAGUAUUCACUGCUAGCCCUCGAAAGGUAUCAUCAAUCAUGCCUAUAUUUGUUUAUACAGUACUGUUACAUACGGAUGUACUGUUGGGACUGUAUGCUUUAACAAAUAAUGUUGUUUCUACCAAUUUAUACAAAAUGGUGUAUUGAUGCCAUAAGCAACUGGAUUACAGACAAUAAUUGGUUAAGUUAUUGUUAUUCAUUCUUAUACAUUAUGUAGACAAUAAACAAAACAACAAAACA